UCAUCCGAUCCAACACCACUGCCUUGGUUAGCUUCUGCUGCCGUAAUUGUCUCGAGGGCUGCUUAACUCCUGCUUAUCGUGUUUUUGACGACGAUCGAAAUACUGCGUGUGCUUUGAAGGGACUAUUUCAUUUUCUGGGAAUCAUACAAGACCUGGAUAUAAUACGAAGGUUUCGGUCGUUUGGAUCGAGGUGUGUGUGUGUGGAGCUCGCCUGUCUUCUUGGUUGGCUUGGGAAAAGCCACUGCGUAUCAAAUAGCAGGUGUUAAAGAUGCUGCAGUGAGUUCGGAGCUGAAUCUCAACUGAAGCCUCAGCAUGUCUAUACUGCUGAUGGUGGGUGUGGUGACGUGGGGGGCCCAAGUGGGGGUUGGGGUCCAGGGGGCCAAGUGUCCCGGAGGGGUGCUUGAUAACUGCCCUACCCAGCAGAGCAACACCUCCGGUGGGGGUGAGACCUACAGGGCCUACUGCUACACCGCCCAUAUCACCUCGACCCAGCUCCAGGGCCUGCCCUUCGGAGGGGUGCCCACCGUCUUCGCACUCGGCUUCAUGUGCUUCCUGGUACUCCUGUUUGUAUUCUCCAUCUUGAGGAAGGUAGCGUGGGACUACGGCCGCUUGGCGCUGGUCACUGAUGCAGACAGACGGAGUCAGCGAUACAGCCGUCUGGACGAACAGGAAUAUGUGGCGUCUGCCAUGACGUCAGCGCUUCCCGAUCGCUACGAACGCCUGACCUCUGUCUCCAGCUCAAUGGACUUUGAGCAGAGAGCCAACGGCUUCUGCUCCUGGUUAACAGCCAUCUUCCGCAUAAAGGAUGAGGAGAUCAGGGAGAAGUGUGGGGAGGAUGCUGUGCACUACCUCUCCUUCCAGAGGCACAUCAUUGGUCUGCUGGUGGUGGUGGGCGUGCUCUCAGUGGCCAUCGUCCUGCCCGUCAACUUCUCAGGAAAUCUAUUGGAAAAUGAUGUCUACAGUUUUGGGCGCACCACUUUAGCCAAUCUGGAUGCCAAUAACAUGCUGCUGUGGCUCCACACCACCUUUGCGUUCCUCUACCUGUUGCUGACCGUGUACAGCAUGAGACGGCACACCUCCAAGAUGCACUACAGAGAGGACGAUUUGGUGAAACGCACUUUAUUUGUCAAUGGGAUCUCCAAGUAUGCAGAGGAGAAGCACAUCAAGCAACACUUUGAACAGGCCUAUGAAAACUGCUGCGUUCUGGAGGCUCGUAUCUGCUACGAUGUGGCCAAGCUGAUGUCCCUCAACUCAGAAAGGAAGAAGACCGCGCGUAGCAAGAAGUUCUUUACAGACCUGCAGUCCAAGGAGCACAUCCCUACCAUGAUCAACCCCAAACCCUGUGGUCACCUGUGCUGCUGUAUCAUCAAGGGCUGUGAGCAGGAGGAGGCAGUGAGUUACUACACCAAGCUGGAGUCCAAGCUGAAGGAGGAGUACAGGAAGGAGAAGGAGAAGGUCAACAGUAAGCCAUUGGGAAUGGCCUUCGUUACCUUCCAGAACGAAGCCAUGACCGCCAUUAUCCUGAAGGAUUACAAUGUGUGUAAGUGUCAGGGCUGCCACUGUCAGAGGGAACCCAAGUCUUCCUCCUUCAGCCAGCACCUUCACACGUACUCCUGGACGGUCGGCUACGCACCAGACCCACAGAACGUCUACUGGGAGCAUCUGUCAGUCGGAGGGUUCCCCUGGUGGCUGAGAUGCUUCAUCAUCAACUGUAUCCUCUUCCUCCUCCUCUUCUUCAUCACAACCCCCGCCAUCAUCAUCUCCACCAUGGACAAGUUCAUUGUCACCAAGCCUUUCAAGUACCUCAACAACCCCAUCCUGACCCAGUUCUUCCCCACCCUGCUGCUGUGGGCCUUCUCCGCCCUGCUACCCACCAUCGUAUACUACUCGGCCUUCUUCGAGGCCCACUGGACACGGUCUGGAGAGAACAGGACAACCAUGCAUAAAUGUUACACCUUCCUCAUCUUCAUGGUCUUACUGCUGCCCUCUCUAGGACUCAGCAGUCUGGAUGUUUUCUUCCGAUGGCUGUUUGACAAGCGCUUCCUGGCUGACGCUGCUGUGAGGUUUGAGUGUGUGUUCCUGCCUGACAACGGGGCGUUCUUUGUGAACUAUGUCAUCGCGUCGGCGUUCAUCGGUAACGCCAUGGAUCUGCUGAGGAUCCCUGGUCUGCUCAUGUAUAUGACCCGGUUGUGUCUGGCUCGCUCUGCUGCCGAGAGACGCAACGUCAAGAGGCACCAGGCGUAUGAGUUCCAGUUCGGGGCGGCCUAUGCCUGGAUGAUGUGUGUCUUCACUGUGGUCAUGACAUACAGCAUCACCUGUCCAAUCAUCGUCCCCUUCGGUCUGAUGUACAUGCUGUUGAAGCACCUGGCAGAUCGCUACAACAUGUACUAUGCCUACCUUCCCUCCAAGCUGGACAAGAAGAUCCACUCUGGGGCCGUCAACCAGGUGGUGGCAGCACCCAUCCUCUGUCUCUUCUGGCUCCUGUUCUUCUCCACUCUCCGCACAGGUUUCUCCGCCCCUACCUCUAUGUUCACCUUCAGCGUUCUGAUCAUCACCAUCAUCGUCUGCUUGUCCCAUGUCUGCUUCGGACACUUCAAAUAUCUCAGCGCUCACAACUACAAGAUUGACGUGGAGAAUGUGGAUGGGGUGGAGAACGGUCGUCCAGCACGAACCUCUCCCUCCAAUAAGUCAGCACAGAUGUACAUUGCCUCGGUGCUCCAGGAUCCCAGCUUAGACGAGCUGGGUUCGGCUGGCAGCGGGGUCAGCGAAGGCUCGCAGGACGAGGAGAUCAUCCAAGUGGGGAACAGCCUCAAUGAGGCCGACUUCCAGAUUGACGUGGAGAAUGUGGAUGGGGUGGAGAACGGCCGUCCAGCACGAACCUCUCCCUCCAAUAAGUCAGCACAGAUGUACAUUGCCUCGGUGCUCCAGGAUCCCAGCUUAGACGAGCUGGGUUCGGCUGGCAGCGGGGUCAGCGAAGGCUCGCAGGACGAGGAGAUCAUCCAAGUGGGGAACAGCCUCAAUGAGGCCGACUUCCAGAGUGGCGAGGACAGUCUUCUCGCUAACGAGGUGCGGCACUGACGUGAGGGGAUGCCGGAGACGGUUGUCGGGAUGGAGACAGAGGACGGGGAGAGAGAAGAAGAAGAGACUAAUUUGUAAUGUGACCGACAGGAUGGAUGCAUUGAUCUAGUGAAUGAAGCUACGGAGCUGAAACGGACUGACAGACAGCUCUAUGAGACGUGAAGAGACCACUAAACCUUAAACACCUUGAGUCAAGAGAGAGGGACUAUUUCUCUGUCUACACUAACGAACACAGCAACACAAAUACCUUUCUCAUGCCUUUCACUCCUCUUCAGCUUAGGCCAUGGACAACAGUUCUCCAGCAUAUCAUCUCCCCCCAGAGACUACACUAACACCAAAAUGCAAAGACGAGAGAGAGAGAGAGAGAGAGAGAGAGAGAGAGAGAGCAAUGGACUACUGUCUACAU